GUCAACUCAAUUCUUACCCUUCAAACCACCAUCGAGGUUAGUGCUGGAUCAACAUGGCGGCGUGGAAGCUCCUCAGCACGGGGAUGGGGUUUCUGCAGUCGUCCUUGCCGUUUUGUAGACAGGCCUACAGGAAUUCACUUGGAGUUGUGGAGCAGGUCAGGGGCUACUAUGUUGACUGGAGGAUGGUGCGGGAUGUGAAAAGGAGACAAAUGGCUUUUGAAUAUGCUGAUACAAGACUGCGUAUCAAUGCCAUUAGGAAGAAUACUAUUUUGCCAAAAGAGCUACAGGAGAUAGCUGAUAAAGAAAUAGCCGCACUACCUCGAGACAGUUGUCCCGUGCGCAUUCGUAACAGGUGUGUGAUGACGUCACGACCACGUGGAGUGAAGCGCAGGUGGCGUCUUAGUCGCAUUGUUUUUCGCCAUUUAGCGGACCACAACCAGAUGUCUGGAAUACAGAGAUCAAUGUGGUGAUCAGCCAUGGAAUUGUGUAAUGCUUGUUUUCUAAAACUUUGUCGGAAAAGAGGAUAUUCUUGCAUAAAAUGGAAAGACACUGAGCUGAAAAACCAACAAGCACCUGCUCAAAUGCUGUAUCUUUUUUUUUUUUUUUUUUUGUACUAAAUUGAGUCAGAUUACACUUUUUUUUUUUUUUGUCAUCAACUGAUGGUAAAAUAUGUAAGUUAUUUUAUUGCAGAUACAAUAAA